ACCACACCUCAAACCAAAAAUUAGAGAAAGACAGCUAAGCCACAUAAUUUCACCAGAGCAAAAUUAUACCCUUACUUGAAUAAUCUAUUCUGUUCAACAAGGAAUACUUCAUUCUCCAGAACCUUUUGCAGCAAAUUAUACUUCAUGAAAUACUUAUAUCUACAAGACAACACUUACAUCUUGAGGGCAUCACCUUCUAGACUCCCUGGCAUAUUCACUGGCAGAAAACCACCAAACAAUUUUCAGGAUACAAUAUGCAGAAAAUGAAUGUGGCAAAACCAAGCCAACUGUUAACUAUUUUUCUUCUCUUUGAAGUAUCAGUAUUUGGCCAAUAUGAGAAUGACGACUUUGAGGAUGAGUAUGAACGUGAAGUGGAUAGUGAAUAUCCAUCUAUUUUUCAUCAGAUUCCCCAUGUAGAAUAUAACAUUCCUUAUUCCACCUUACCUGCUGAGUGUGCCAAAGAAUGCUUUUGCCCACCUGCUUUCCCAGUAUCCAUGUACUGUGAUCAUCGCAAGCUUCUGACAAUACCAAACAUUCCUGCUCACAUCCAGCAACUUUAUCUGCAGUAUAAUGAUAUUGAAGCAGUGCCUCUGGAAUCCUUUGUUAAUGCUACAGCUUUGAGAGAAAUUAAUCUCAGCCACAACAAAAUCAAGUCUCAUAAGAUUGACAAGGGUGUAUUUGCCAAACUUGCAAACCUCAGGCAACUUCAUUUAGAACAUAAUCAGUUAGAAGAAAUUCCAUUCCCUUUACCUGGAAGCUUAGAAAGGUUGAUCCUGGGUUUCAAUCAAAUUUCGAAGUCACAGAGCAAAGCCUUAGAAGGUUUAAUACAUUUAACAAUGCUUGACCUCUGCAAUAACAAUCUUGAGGAUUCCCAGCUCAAAGGAAUAGACUUUUCAAGCUUGAGAAACCUAAUGCAGAUUAACCUCUGCAACAACAAACUACAGUCUAUGCUGCCAGAUCUACCACCUUCACUUAUGUAUCUUUCACUUGAAAAUAACUCAGUUUCUUUCAUUCCAGAUAAUUACUUCCACAAGUUUCCAAAUCUUACUGCUCUAAGAAUGUCACACAAUAAUCUCCAAGAAAUUCCUUAUAAUGCUUUUAUUUUUUCUAAUCUUCUGGAACUUAAUCUUGGACAUAACAAAUUGAAACAAAUAUUCUAUAUUCCAAGAAGCCUAGAACAUUUAUACUUAGAAGAUAAUGAAAUAGAAGUCAUGAAUGUUACUUUAAUGUGCCCUACUAUUGAUCCACUGAACCUCAGUCAUUUAACGUAUAUACGAGUGGACCAAAACAAGCUUACAGCUCCAAUAAGCACCUAUGCAUUCUUCUGCUUUCCACAUGUACGGAGCAUUUAUUAUGGAGAACAAAAAAUUAGCAAAGAUCAACAAACACAGCUGAGAACCCCUGUGUUCCGAAGAUUUCUAACUCCAGAAGAAUAUGAAGAAGCAGAAGAUUUUCAUGAAGAACAUGGUGAAAGUCAUGAAUCCAGAGGACAUGACAAUGACAACUACCUUAAUCCUUACUUCUAUUAAUAAUUUUAAGAGGAAGUAAAACUAACAAAAAAAAAUAAAGCCAACUAUAAAAGAAAACAGAAUUAACUGGAAAAUGCAGUAAACCAUCUGAAGCCAAUCAAUAUAUUUUGUAGCAUGUAGAAUCUAUUUUUAUAUAGCAAAUCUCAAUAGUCAUUGAAAUAGUAUUUCUCAGAUCUUCAAACUAUUAAUGAAAAUAUUUUAAAUAUCAUAGAAACAUUCAGGUAAAUAAAACAAAUGCCAUGACAAUUUUGCUUCUAUAAUGCUGGUAUCAUAAUGACAAUGUCUAAAUCCUGAUAUAUCUGAAACUGCAAUAAGACAUGCUAAUGUUAUCUAAAAUGCAUAUUAUUUUUAGUUUGAAUAAAUUUUCAAAUAGAAAUUAUAUUUUAGUCUGAAUCCCAGUUAGGCUUGCAGCAAAACCAUUAGUAGAUUUAAAAGUCUCUUGGUAUUUUAAUUAUCAGGCAUUUGACCAUUUUAUGGUAUAUAUAUGUAGGUAUGUGUGUGUAUAAACUUAAAAUCCAUAUAGUAAUACCUUUUGCUAAAAUUCACAUUUUGCCAUUUCAUAAAUAUUAGAUUAUUCAGGAAGAAUAAACUGAAGUAAUACUCAAGUGAAACAAAUGGCUAGUAGGAAUUACAACCCAAAAAACAAUUUGAAUCCAAAGAUAUAUUUAUAAUAAUAUCAGUAAUAAAAGGAUCAGCAAUUUUUUCAGUUGACAGGACACCAAAAAAUAAAAAUGAAAACUGACUAAAAUCUUAAGAGAUCAUCAAAUUUCACACAAUCUUUCUAACAUUAUUCCUGAGUUCUUCGCUACCUCUCAUGAGAAAUAAUCAAAAAUUCAUACUGCUGCUUAAUAUUUCAGGAGAUUUUGGUCCACUAUCAUCAUCACACCAUCUUUUUGCCCAGAGGCAUUAAUUACCUUUUUGGGUCCUGUAAAGUCAUUGUUGAUAUCAUGAGCACUUUGCCACAAGUCCAACUGUUCACUCUUGCUAUAAUGUUUCAAGUACAUUUAAUAAAUAACUUGUGUUUAUUACAAAAUAUAAAAUAUAUUUAGGAUUCAGUCUACAACAAUUAAAUUAUCAACAAAUAAGAACAUACACAGACAUAUUGCAACAUAGGGAAAAAUCAACAGACGUGGCUUAUAUUCACUUCAGUGACAAUACAAGGCUAUCAAAAGUGUUAUUUUAAAAUGGUAUUUUUAAUGGGUACUCACUUUUAUUUCACUUUCAUAUAAGGGUUUUAAUCAGGUAACAAUAAAUAUUUAAACAUAUAUUGAGUUUAGAAAAGCAUAAGAUGUUAAUAAAUUAUGAUAUGAUUCAAGAACAUAGACUUUUUUCUAGCAAAUUACUUUGCCUCUACAUUAAAUUGGGAUAUCAAUAAACAUUGGUCCACCAAAAAGAUGGGAUUUAAUUUUGAUAAUCUUUAUUUUGCUUUUCUAAAUACUAAACAUAUUUUUUGUGAUCUUGUCUUGAAAUACUUAAUAAACCAUACUAGUUCAAAAAAAUGACUUUAACAUUUAACAGAUAUUCUGCACUCUUAAAGAUUACAUAUAAUGUACUAGCAUUCCACAGAAAUAAAUAAUCUUUCAGAACUUCUUUUCUGUUUAUUAUUUUAUAAAGCUAUGAAUUGAAAACUGAACAUACCAUCCUUUAGGGAACAUUUCAGAAGACUGAUGUACAAGCUAACAGCAAAAGACAUUUUAGAAAAAUUGGAUUACAUAGUUUUAUUGAUAGAAAUAUUACAUACAAUACUGAAUCAUCUCAUUAUGUACCUCUAACUGAUAAUACAUGCCAUAAGUUGUAGAUUUUGAGUUAAAUGAGGAUGCUAUCAAAUCCAUUAACCGCACUUGUGUUCUUUUAAGAGCUUAGCUAAAUUAGCUAGUAUAUUUGAGGUAGCAUCUUGGUUUUAAAGAUAAAGUCAUUUUUGUUUUGAAAUAAAUAUAUGA